AUGAUGCUUGCCGCGAAUUGGAGUAUAUCCAAGCUGGAAGGUAGAUCAAAACGUGAGGAAGUGGUGGAAUAUAAACAUCAAAAGAAUGUAGUCACGCAACUAGAUCAUUGCCUGAACGAUGCUGCUCCGAAAGACGUAGAAGGCCACAAAUCCACUGGUGCUGUAGCUGAACAACCAACUGGAGUAGGCUGUAAUGUUUGUACACCUUCAAUUAAUUCCCAAACGAAGCACAUAACGUCGGAGACGAGAUAA